UACGAGGCAGGGUUCUCGGCGCUUUCCCCGCGCUUUGAUGAGCAGCUUGCUGCCCGCCUCCCAACACGCUCGCUCCCCUCGGCUAGCGCAGAAUGAAGAUGCCGGUCGAGUGCCGAAAGAAGCGCAUGCAUUCGCGCAAGCUGGGCGGGUACAACCCUCUCCAAAUGCUUCCCUCCUUCUUUCCCGCUCGUUCUUUUGGAAGCGAAUUUCUUCCGCGGCGGAAGCUAGCGAGGAGCUGGAGGAAGCUGGAGAGACCUGCAGGCAAACAAACACAAUUUUGAAUUUGAGUCGCGUGGAUGAUCGCGAUUCGAGUACGAGCUGCAGACAAAUGUUUGCGAGGGGAGGAUGUUCAAAGCUCCAAUUGCAGCUUGCUCGUCGAUUGAGUGAAUGUGAGAGGUGCACUCGAGCCGUAGAAGGUCGGGACGAGUCAGAUUUGAGUAUGGCGUGCAAGAUCUUCGAGGGGCGAUUAGGGUGUUUGGCACGAAUGGGAGACGGUUAUCCAGACAGACCACAUCCAGCUGCACCCACGAGACACAAAGCCUAAAUGUCGUGAAAAGGUACGACUCACGACCGCUGGAGCUUGGCCAACUACAAUUGUGAUCGACUCCCUCCCAUCGAGCGCCAACGCGACUUGAUUGGUCCUGGCACGCACUCGUGACCGUUGCUGUAGAUGCCCAGCAAAGACCGGUACGCGGUGUGCCGGUGUGCAAGCAGCCAAUCGCAGCCCGCCUAGCUGCGCCCUCACCAAAGGCGCAAAAGGCGUUGCGUCAGGGUCCAUUCCAUGACCCUCGAGCCGUACCCACACUCGAGACUGACGACUACGGCGGAGGGACCUAUGCUUGACAAAUCGUG